AUGCCAGUCAACACUCGCCUCCCAAAUAUCCCCAAGGAUGAUGAGCGCCCCCGAAUACCAUUUAAUAUAUACUACACAAUCCCACAUUUCAAAUUAUUCUACUACUCUUACGUCUUCUUUGGAUCAUUCAGUCUUGCCUGGAUAGCCGAUUAUCUCCCAACAAUCGGCAAAAUAUGUCUUUGGACCGGGUUCGCCAUAACAUGCGGAUUAAUAAUCGCCAUACACCCAUCGAUCCACACCGAGCGGAUGAGAUUAGAUGAGAUGGGAAAAUCAGUUCGAGUACGUCGUCCGCUGAUCGGUUUCAAAAGAUGGGAGAUCCCUUUGGAUGUGGACGGCAUUAAUGAUGGGCUGUAUGAUGAUCCGGAUGGCAACACGGACGAAAGACUUCAUGAUGGGUGUCGGUAUGGGUAUGCUUGGAUUCGUAUAUAG